AUGAAAGUUUUAAAUAAUUUAUUAUUAUUUGUAUUUUUAAUAUUCUUAGUUGGUUCAAAUGUUGUUAAUUCAACAAGCCAAACAUGGAUAAAUCAAGAUGUUCAACGUUCAAUCGAUGUUACAACUCACCUCUCUAAAGAGAGUAUCUCAAUCAAAGCAAAAUCAUUAACCGAUAAAAAUGAUAUCUAUCAAAUUUCAUUCAACUCUAAAUAUCAUGUUUCAAUUCAAGCAUUAGAUUCUCAAAAUAAUGAAUUAAAAGUUUAUUUAUCACCAAAUUCAAUCAAUAUUAAAGAAGGAUUUAAAACUUAUAAUAUUGAAUUAAAAAAUAAAGUUAAAAAAGAUGAAAUUGUACAAUUAAAAGUUAAAGUUACAUCAAUGAUUGAACAAAUGAUACCAUAUCCAAGUGAGAUUAAACAAGGUCAAACUCAAUUGGUAUUAUAUUUGAAUAAUCAUUACUUUACAUCACCAUACAAGACAGAGACACAAAAGACAACUGUUAAAUUAGCAUCAAGUAAGGUUGAAUCUUACAGUGAGGAGCAACCAACCUCAUUGAAGGGAAUGACAGUCACCUAUGGUCCAUACAGUGCAAUUGAAGCAUUCUCAGUAAGCCCAAUGCGUAUUCACUAUGAGAAUGGGUCACCAUUUUUCGUACUCACCAAUCUAUUGAAAGAGUAUGAAGUCUCACAUUGGGGCAACCUCGCUGUGGAGACUCAUUACCAAUUGGAGAAUAAGGGUGCCCAUUUGGUAGGCGCAUUCUCUCGUUUGGACUACCAACGUAACCCAUCAGUAAACCCAAACCAAAUCGCAGAGGUAAACGAAGCCGUGCCACUUUCAGCCACCGAUUUCUACUAUCGUGACUCGAUUGGCAACAUUUCCACCUCCUCCUACCAAUAUCUCGCCAAUCGUAUCAACUUUAAGAUUCAACCACGUUUCCCAUUGAUGGGUGGUUGGAAGAAUACCUUUUACACUGGUUACAAUCUCCCAAUUGAGAAAUUCCUCUCUGUCGAUACCCUCACCGGUCAAUAUCAUCUCAAUGUUACCUUUGGUGUUGGUAUUGACAAUGUUUACGUUGAGAAUCAUAUCUUGAAAGUCGUACUCCCAGAAGGUGCCACCGAUAUCAAAGUCCACGCUCCAUUCGCUUUCACUCAAUCUGAAGAAAAUCGUAAAACUUAUCUCGACACCAUCGGUCGUCCAGUUGUCGUCAUCAACAUCAAAGAUACCGCCUCUGAAAACUAUCGUUACAUUCAAGUCACCUAUAACCUCUCAUCACUCUCUAUCUUCCAUGAACCAUUAUUAGUUAUUGGUGCUGUCUUUACACUUUGUAUUUUCAUUAUUUUAUAUUCACGUUUUGAUUUAUCAAUUUCAAAAUCAAAACAAAUUUAA